AUGAGACUCGUAAUUUUCCCAACAAUUUUUGCAGCUAUUGGACUUUCGAGCAUCAAAACUGCCAUUGUUGCUCUUAUUGGAUAUAUUCUAGCCUUCAUACAAUUUGGAUGGUUAGAAUCAUUAAUGCCAGGAUUGUCUUUAAAUUAUGGAGAUUACUUUUGUGAUAUAUUAUUUAUAUCGAUACCCUUUGUAGUUGCAAUUCUCAUUCUUAAUAAUAUGCAUCAGGCAUUUAGGUCUCAAAUCAGAGAAGUUGAAACAAGAUUAUCUAACAUGCUAAACAUUACAAACGAAGCAAUAAUCAUACAGAGUAGAAGGAAAAAGAAGAUUAUCUAUGUUAAUCUUGCUUUUGAAAGAAUGUUUGGAUAUGAACAUGAUGAAAUAAUACAUGCUUCUAAAAAUAUUUUGGAUUUGCUUGUUGGACCUCCAGUCAUUGCAACAGAUAAGUGGACUCUAUGUAAGGCAAGAACCAAGAUUGGUGAUAGAUUUGGUGUAGAGGUCACACACAAAGUAGAUUUUUUGAGUUCUAAGAAAGUUGAUGUGUUCAUCAUCAGAAAUAAUGAACUUAAUGAUCAAGUUAAAUUAAUGAAUGAAAAAGCCAGAGAAGCACAAAUAGAACUUCAAAGUAGAACAACUUUCUUUAGUAUGAUUUCUCACGAUUUGAAGAAUCCUUUGAACUCGAUUUAUUUAAUUGCCCAAAAGAUGCAUGAAGACUUUGUUCAUCAACAAACAGUAGAUUCUCAUGAAGGUCUAGAAUGGAUGAAUAUGAUUUUAUCCAGUUGCCAUAUUUUGAGUAAUAUUAUUCAAGACGUUCUUUCAUCAUCAAAAUUAGAAUCUGGAAGUGUUGAGCUUGAUGUUUCAAACUUUGAUUUACAAUAUUCUGUUGAAGAAAUUAUUUCUAUUAACAGUGUUACUGCCUUUAAGAAGGGAAUUGAUGUAGCACUUGAAAUUGAUGUAAAACGUGGAUCUAAACAUAGAGUACCAUUGGUUGUUAGAGGUGACGUUCACAAAUUCCAACAAAUUCUAACAAACUUGAUGGGUAAUGCUAUCAAGUUUACUCAUACAGGAUCGGUUUCUGUCUUGGUUGAUGUUCCAGAAGAAACUGAAACCACAGUGAAAGUAUUUGUAGUAGUUUGUGAUACUGGUAUCGGUAUUCCUCAAGAAAAACAAAAAGAUCUUUUCAAAGUAUUUUCAAGAUUGAAAAAGGAUAAGGAGUAUGAAGGAAGUGGUCUUGGUCUCAGUAUUUGUAAAAACCUUACAACCCUCAUGAAUGGUGACAUUGGUUGUAAGAGUAAUGGUUCCAGUGGAAGUAAUUUCUGGUUUACAGUUGUUUUUCAAAAGGCUGCAAGAGGAGAGGACUAUGACAAGAUUAUUGACAGAGCUGAUAAGAGAUUACCUCUUACAGAUGAAAGUAAGAUUAUGGAGGUAAAGGAAAAGCUUUCCAAAAAUUAUGGCAACAAUAUUUGUCUCGUACUUUACAAAGAAUCAAAAGUGAGAAACAUCCUCUCCAAUUAUUUAAGAGAAGUGUUUGAUGAAAAGGUUGCAACAAUGGAAAAUAUUGAAAACGUAUUUGUAAAUGCUGACAAGAUAGAGCAAUUCACUGAGGAGUUCUUGCACAGAUCAUCAUCUAAUCCUAAUGAUUGGUUAGUUAAGAAACCUAUUUCUUUCAUUAUUUUGGAUGACGCUUGUUUCCUUCCUGACAAUCUACCAAAGAGCGAGAAUGCUCUUUUCACUGCAGCUCAUGUUUCCUCCCAUAAUGCUGAAUCUAAGGCUGCAAAUCAAUCAAACAAUGCUGGUAGAAGAAAUAGUACUCUUAUUUAUUCUCCAGUAGAGAUUGAAAGAAUUCAUUCAACCAUUUCUAAACUGAAAGUAUUAAUAGAGUCACAUAAUGCUAAAUUUGCUACAAAUAAUCAAGUCAUCCAACCUAAAUUAAUUGUAUGGUUUGAUAGAUUUGAACCUAAAAGAUUCCUAAGUUUUAUCAAAAAGGAUACAAAUCUUCCUAAAUCCAACAAGUCUAUGUUUGAUUUAUCAAUUAGAAAACCUGUAACACUUUUUUCUUUCCAAUAUAUGAUUCAACAAAUAUUAACAAUGAAGAAUUCCACUGUUUCCUUUUCAAGCACGGAGAAGAAUGAUUUUGAAAAAUUCCAAUUCCCUAAGAAGGCAUUAAUUUCAGAGCCAAACUUGCCAGCAAUUUCCAAAGAUCCGCAAACAUCUGAAACAUCACCCCAAUCGUCUCCCUCAGGAUCAUCUGAUAGUGGACCAUCAGAGAAACAACUUAAAUUAAGAAUACUUGUAGCUGAUGAUAAUGUUAUUAAUAAGAAUAUUAUGCUCAAGAUAUUUGGUGGUCUUACUGGAAAUAGUGAGCUAGAAAAUCAUCUCUCGCAGGUCAAGAAUGAACCACACAAGCUCAUGAUUGAAACUAAGGGUGUUUCAAAUGGUAAAGAGGCUCUUGAUGCUUAUAUUGAGAAUUUUGAUACCCCUAACAAAUUUGAUGCCAUUGUUCUUGAUGUACACAUGGAUGUAAUGUCAGGAUUGGAAUGUGCCGAAAAAAUAAGACUAUUUGAAGCAGAAAAGAAACCUGCUACUUCUUGUAUUUUAAUUGGUGCGACUGGAGAUAGUGAUGGAGAAAGCUUGUGCAAACGUGCAGGAAUGGAUCUUGUGUGUCUAAAACCAAUAUCUCAAACACAAAUUAGAAAUGUUGUGAAAACCAUCUUGGAAAAAUAA